AUGUCGGGGUCUGGAGAUCUGGUCAACUUCGAUUUAAUCGAGACCCAGAAAGAAAACAUCCAAUCACUACCAAGCGGCAGAUCAGCAAGGGCUUUAGUUGCAGCGUUCUCUCCUCUAAGCGAUAGACAUCGCUCACCAUUCAGCCCUGAUAGCACGAAUUCCAUCAACGACGCGGUCCGACACGAGUUCGAGCAGGAGCUUCAAGCGAUAAACGAAUCAGACGACCCUCUUGACAUCUACGACAGAUAUGUGAAAUGGAAUUUAGAUGCUUUUCCAUCAGCCCAAGCGACACCCCAAUCUGGCCUCCUCCCAUUACUCGAACGAGCUACAAAAGCAUUCCUCCCAUCAACGCAUUACAAAAAUGACCCCCGAUAUCUACGUCUCUGGCUACAUUAUAUCAAUCUAUUCUCCGAUUCUCCAAGAGAAACGUUCGCAUUCUUGUCACGGCAUGGAAUUGGCGAGGGGUUAGCUUUGUUUUAUGAAGAAUUUGCUGCAUGGCUUGAGGGCGCUGGCCGGUAUACUCAGGCUGAAGAGGUAUAUAAAUUGGGAUUACAAAAAGAAGCUCGACCCACGGAACGUUUAUUGCGCAAAUUUGGAGCCUUUCAAAGCCGAAUGGAGCAACAGCCGAGAGAUUCAAAUGGACCAUCCUCACCUGCACUGCCUACUGUACGACCAGCCCUUGCCGCUAAAGUCGAUCCGUUUGGAACUACGGGGAGGUCAGCGUCGGACGAUCCACAAGAGGGUAGUAGUACGAGGGGCGCCGGGAGCGGUGCAAAAACACGUAGCAGAAAGCCAAAGAUGGCGAUUUUUAAUGAUGGCGAUGCUGAGCCGAGCUCUGUGGCGCCUGCUUCAAAAGGCUGGGACACCAUCGGAUCGAUGCAGGAAAGGAAGAAAGAAAAUACGAUAGAGCCGCGACCAUGGGCAGGGGAGACAUUGAAAGCUGGAAAGAAGCCAAAUGCAACCCAGAAGAUGGCGAUAUUCAGGGACCCGAAUCUAUUAUUAAAUGAACCAAAAGAGCCUAUUUCCAUCCCAAAUAUUUCACAUACCCAAAAAGAAAGGAUCAAUGCGCGAACGGGGAAAGCCGAGCGUGUUUUCGUUAACCUAGCAGCAAUUUAUCCAGAUCCCAAGAAUCCAACAUAUGAAAUGAGUCUUGAAGAAUUAAGGGCUUUAAGCAGAGGCUGGAUGAAUAAAGAUUGGUCAAAACAAAAGAAAAUUGCUUUAAAAGAAACGUCAAGCAAUAAAUACAAACAACCAGUGACCCGUGUAAAUGGGAAAGUUCCGUCGAAUAAGCUAGAACCCACGGGGGCGCCAGUGACAGAGGAAUGUCAAUUAGACAAGGAAAACCACAGAGCUGUGGAAAUGUGCCAGGAUGUGAAGGAAGAGAAGCCAAGGAAGCUGAAAGUGAGAGAAAUCAAAGGAGAAACCCAGACAGUGAAAAUGAAAUUUGAUUCCCCAACUGGCCCAAAAAUCAAGCGAAGAAAUACCUCUGAGCCCACUAUGACCCUCCAUACUCGUGCAGCAAUUGAUGAGAUAUAUAGCAUUUUCAACCAGCCUUUGAAAGCUGAAUUAAAGGUGGGUGAGGACAGUGAAUAUGAUAGUGAUUGUGAAGAAGACGGAUAUGUUAGCGCCGGUGAAAGUAUAGCUACUGGACGUAUGUCGUCAGGAAACAGUGAGUUUGGUGACGACGAGACCAGUGCUUUUGGACAAACACAGCUUGUCAACACGGAAGCUCCAUCUAUUGACCCAACAAAAACUGAAAUCAGUGAAUGGACUGAGUUCAACCCUGCUCAACACAUUCCAAUACAUUCCGGAAGAGAAAUACAGGGUUCUGGAAAUAUCUCCCAACACUCUGAGAGUGAUGGAAAUUUUUCCAGUUCCCUUAUUGAAUUUAUACCAGACGAGGAGCAAGAAGGUGGUGAUCAUUCUGCUGCUCAAGGUGAUAUGGAUGAGAACAGGUUUGUUCCCCUUGAACCUGAGGACUAUAACCCCCCAACUGGGCCUUACCGUGAUCCUUACAUGGCUGCCCAAAGUCGACUGCCCUUCAUGACGCCAAUUUUAGAGAAAACCGAGUCGUCUUUGGCCUCUACUUUGUUUCGAGAGAGAGGGGCCCUCAGCUUCAAGACGCCAUGUCAGGCUGGUCGUUCAUUUAUUCCUUCCGCGACUCCAGCAAUCCCAGAGAUAGACGAUUUGCUUCUGGGCAGUCCCUUUCAAGAUUAUACUCAAGUAAACGAGUUUGAGUAUACUCAAGAUAUCGAUUCUCCCAGCAAAAUAAAAUCCUCCCCUCCGAAAUCAUCCCCGUUCAAACGAAGCGGCCCUGUGAUUAUCACGGAUCCCCAGUGCAAUCCUAUGGACAACAUGGUACAGCAAAAAAUUUUGCGGAGUGUGAGGCCUGCGCUACACACAUACCUCGAAUAUCAUGACCAUAAGUUAGAAAUGGGAAGCAACGCGGGGGAAAUUAGAAAAUAUUUCAAGAACACAACAAGAGGGACAAAAAAUAACGGAGACGAGCCGGCAGAGGUACCACCAGUUCUUUGCUUUUCAGGCGCAGCUCGAAGUUAUGAGGUGAAACGGCAGUUGGGAGAGGGUGGGUUUGCCCCUGUCUACCUGGUUGAAAGCCUCGAUUCACCAGACACGUUCACCGACUCUGAAGACGACAGUGAAAGCCCUGACACAAGUCCACAGACACCUUCUCCCAGGGCGAAGGGCUUGAAAGUUAAGCCCACUAGAAACAUUGAGCGUGGGCUUUUUGAGGCUAUCAAGGUGGAAACAGAUCCUCCGUCGGCUUGGGAGUUCUAUGUUUUGCGCACUGUCCAUUCUCGCCUCAAUGGGUCAACUGCUUAUAAACGCGCAAAGGACAGCAUCGUACAAGCUCAUGAACUUCACCAUUUCAAAGACGAAGCGAUUCUAAUAGAGGAAUAUCGAAACCAGGGGACACUUAUUGACUUGGUCAACAUGGGCGUCCAAAAUAAUGUUGGACAAGAUCCAGGGCUGAGUGAAAUUGUCGUAAUGUUUUUUGCUAUUGAGCUAUUCCGCACUGUCGAGGCGUUGCAUGCAAGUGGGGUGAUUCACGGAGACCUCAAGGCAGACAAUUGUCUGGUUCGACUUGAGGAAGUUUCAAAUAUCCCAUUUACAAAUGCUAAUCCAGAUGGCCUUGAUUACUGUCCAUCAGGGACAUAUGGUUGGGAAAAGAAGGGUCUUAUGCUAAUCGACUUUGGCCGCGCAAUCGACAUGCACGUGUUCAAUCCCAGCGUCCAGUUUAUUGCUGACUGGAAGAUCGCAGAGCACGAGUGCUCCGAAAUGAGGGAAUGCAGACCCUGGACAUAUCAAGUCGAUCUCUAUGGCCUUGCAGGGGUGAUCUAUGUGAUGCUAUUUGGAAAAUACAUGGAAGUUGUAUCCAAUGCCGACAACGCAAAAAGCUGCCGCCCUGGUAUUGCAUCGGGCCGCAACUAUCGAAUUAAGGAGUCCCUUAAGAGGUACUGGGAAAGGGAAAUAUGGUCUGACGUGUUUGACCUCUGUCUUAAUCCUGCUAGCGAGAAAUGGACGAAUGUUGAACAGCAAUGCUCAAUGUCCAAGGAAAACGUCAAUCUGGAUUCUAAUUUGGCGCUUAGUAGCAGCAGCCUUGCGGGACCACUUAUCCAUUCAAUGCAGCUUGUUCGCCAGCGGAUGGAGGCUUGGCUUAUGGCUAAUGCUGGUCGGAAAGGGCUCCAAGGCCAGCUACACAAGCUUGAGGUUUUGGUCGCUAGACGACGGGCUAGAUUAGGAUUAGAGAAAGAUUAG